AUCGUCCAAAUGUGUUGACCAUAAUAAAAGCAGCAGAUCCCAUUUUUGAAUUCAAAGUCAGACAUCAUUUCACUUUCGAAAGAACCGUUCUCGGGAAACUUGUUUCUAGACUCAUUCCAUUUCUCUUCCAAUUAUGAACGAAGUUCCAAGCAAGCAGAUCAGUCGUAGCCAGACAGAGGUACGAAUAAGCGCCACGCGUCGCAAAAACUCGCUUUUGGCUUAAGUAGACAGCAUUUUGUUUUGGCCAGACGCAUUACAUAUUCGGUCGGAGCCGGUAGCUUUCCAGUAGAAGCAUCGCCACGAGCAGAUUCGGGUUUCCGUGCGCUUUUUUCUUAUCAGCAAAGAAUGUACGAGAGAUGAUAAGAGACAUUCGAAAUAAGGUUUUUGAGUUUGAUUUUCAAUAUUAGUGAGCUGCUCGCGUCUGUCCUUUUGCAUCUUGCAGUUGAGGACAACACUUCGGUGCGUCGGAGUUUAUUUUGGUCAGUGUUUUGUUAUCGGUGUGAAUAUAUCUGAGCUGAAAUCAUGAGCAGUCUAUCGCGGUUCCGUCUAAUCACAUUUGAUGUACAUAAUACGUUGCUACAGAUCCGAUCUGCACCGGGCAAAAAGUAUGGUGAACUCGGUGCCAUGUUCGGAAUUAGCAAUAACAAUAAUCAGCUAGUGGCUAAUUAUGCACAGAGCUGGCACAAAAUGAACCGGUUGCAUCCUAAUUUUGGGUUGAAGACUAAAAUUGGAUACAAGCAAUGGUGGCAAAUGAUGAUCGGAGGUAUAUUCAAUGAGAAUGGCAUGUACAACAUCCCGGAUGACAAAAUCGAACAGAUGACCGAACACUUCAUGGAAUUUUUCAAAACUAGCGGGUUCUGGCAGCAUUGUUACGGUUCGGUUGAGUUUCUGAACUACUUGAAACUCCAACGACACAUAGAAUCGAGUGGAAUCAAAAAGCCACCGUUCAAAUUGGGAGUUAUCUCCAAUUUCGACCCCAGACUGGAUGUUUUACUGAGGAAUAUGAAAAUAAAUCACUAUUUUGAUUUUGUGCUCAACUCAUACGACGUUGGCUUCAUGAAACCCUCUGGAGAAAUUUUUUCCGCCGCUGAGAAAGCGUCUGAGCUGGAAGACCUUAAGCCACACGAAUGUUUGCACAUUGGUGCUACGCCGGUAACAGACUACUUCGGGGCUCAUAGCGCUGGAUGGUACGGAUUGCUGGUACACGAGAAAUCAGGCGAAGAACUUACGCGGAAGUACGGUCAGUUGGUUGAUGAUAACCACGUGUUCUCUAGUCUUUUCGAUAUACAUAAGAAAAUUUCUAAUGAUUAUAUGAAAUGGUGAAUAAACCAGAAUAUGCUAGAAUAGGAUUGACGAUAUAUUAAAAUUAAAAAUUUCUUAGAAAAAUGCGAAACUGAUUUUUUUUAAAUAUAUUUUGUCCAAAAAAUA